AUGGACUACAGCUCCACGAUCCACGGCGUCGAGGACCCCGCCGGCGAUUCGCCCUGGGGUAACUCUCCUGUGUCUUCUCCAUCGCGAAACAAUGUUGCUGCCUUCAACCCCGUCUCAACUGAGAACCCUCCUCCUUCUCCCUUUCGUUUCAACACACAAUCUUCGAACGGCACAUCCCAAGAACAGUCUACAGCUCAGUCCGAAGAGUUCCCCCGUCCAGGCACUGCGACCACGGCGUCUGGAACUGAAGAUGACUCUGAGGUUUCGGGGACGCUGAACCCUUCAGAGGCGCAGUCGCAGUCGACAACCGCUGAAAUACCAACCGAGGACGAAGGACGAGCCGCGGCCCAGGGCCACCAACAAAGCCAGGCCGGCCAACCAGCUUCGCAGCAUGUACAAGAGCAACCCCCGCAAAAGCCAGCUGGACCUCAGUUCCGACUUCAGGCCAAGAUAACAGGACUUGAGCGCACUGGCAAAAAGGAUCCCAUUCUGCGGUUUGAUGUUCAUACAAACAUUUCCCGCUUCCGUACAACUCAAUUCCGCGAUGUUCGCCGCUUACACUCCGAGUUUGUUAAGCUCGCUGAGCACCUGAUAUCCGCCAACCCGGAGGUAUUUGUUCCUGCGGUACCCCCACCUUUGACUUCCGCUGGAGCUGGCACGGAUGAGGAUGAGAUUCGUGUCAAAGCCCUGAUGCAGCGAUGGUUGAACUACGUUUGCGGCAAUGAGGUCUUGAUGCGGGAUGAUGAGAUGGUGUUGUUCGUGGAAAGCGAUUUCGGCUACAGUCCUAUGGUCAAGAAGAAGCAGCCUGCGACAGGUGUGCGCAGGAAAAUCUUGAAGCAGUUCGCUCCUCCCCCUGACGACACCCCUGAGCUCGCGGAUGCAAGGCCAACCGUUAAGCUAUUUUAUCUUGGGAGCAUGGAUGCUGGCCACAAGGUUGACAAGCUGGUCAAAGCCCGAAGAGGUCUUGGUCUCUCCGAAGCCGAUUAUGGUUCUAAACUUACGGGUAUGCAUGUCCAGGAACCUCAUCCUGGCUUGGCCAACGCCUACCGGAAACUUGGUAAAGUCGUUCAGACAGUUGGCGAUUACCAUGCUGCCCAGGCAACCGCAGAGGCUACGACGAUUGGCGACCCGUUCCAAUAUCAUUCUCAAGAUGCUUUUAUUGUAAAGGAAUCCCUCACUAACCGUCAAAUCCUGAUUCGUGAAUUUCUACAAGCUCAGGAGGCCACUCGAAGCAAGCUCAACGCAGCCGACCGCCUUAAGGCCAGCUCGAGUGUGCGUCGGGAGAAGGUGGACGAGGCUAUCACGGCGCUGGAUGAUGCUCGCCAGCACGAAACUUGGCUAUACAACAAAACCAACCGCGUGACUCAGAACCUAGUUCAAGAACGACGAAAAUGGUUCUCAAGAACCUCUGCCGAUCUUCGCCUGAGCAUCAGGGAGUAUGUGCUCCGUGAAAUUGAAGCCGAAAGGCGAACUCUGGCCCUGCUGGAGACAGUCCGCCCGGAUAUCAGAUCAAUCGAUGCCUCGGGCGGUUUGAGCCGAUUAGGGCGGGAGGCGCAUCCAACUGUGCGUCGCUCGAGCCUCGCGGCCAGUCAAGGUCCCAAGGGCGACUCUUGGAGCGGCGUUCCUCGUCGUUCCGAUGCCACAGGUCGCAGUGUGUCAGGCAGUCUUAUCAGUAAGGUGUCAGAGGAGGCUGAGAGUGAAGAGAACGCCGAGGCCGCCCAAGGGCUUCAGGCUGCUGGUCGUACAGGCCUUCAAGGCGUCAAUGAGGAGGAGGAUGAGGAUCGUGUUGAUGCUAGAAAUGCUGCGAGUCGACUGGCUGCCAGCACUUUCUAA